UUUUAAUUUGCGUGGAAUUCGUAGCCUUUCAGAGUGAUACAACGGUAACAUUCUUUCGCCUUUAUGACGCCAUAAUCACUUUGAGCGCAGAUUGUUAAAACGCUCUUUGAUGCACUUUCACGCGUGCGGCGUGUUUUUUUGCGAUUUGCACUAAUAAUGCGGCGGUUUUGUGUAGCGAUCGGGACGAGACCUGAAUAUUUAUGAGGUUCAAACGGACUCACUGCUCGCCGCUUUGUUCCUCCCUCACAUCCUAACUUGAAACACUUUAAACGAAACGUCUUUUUGUUGUUUUACUUCGUUUAGAAACUAGUUGCACAGAUGAAGCAGGACCCACAGAAGCUUGCUGUCAGAAGUUGUCCUGUGGGGACAACCGCCAAACCCCUCGCCCUAAUCAAGCCACCCAGCCAGAGCAUCGCCAUCUCUGUGGUGCCAGCAAAGACUCCCGUUUCCAUGGUGACAGCACACAUUAACGGACAAAAAGCGUUGAGUUCUGAGACGCUCCAGACAUCUCCCAUCAACCUCCAAACACCCGCCGGACAGCACAUCAACCGCUCACAGAUGUUGGGAGCCCUCACCGCGAUCCCUAUAAAGGUGCCUCACAUCAGCUCUCUGCAGCGACUGGCAGGACACUCACCCAGCGUUCUACCUCAGGUUAGGCCAAAGACCCUCAUUCCAGACAGCCUUCCCCACAGCCCAUGCCGAGAGCAGCAGUCCGGUCAAACGCUGGUCGUGCCGCAGAGCAUGGCUGUGGUCAGCCCAAAAAGCCAAGGCGCAUCUUUGCCAACUGCCAACAGCACCUUCAGUCACGAGCGACUGUCCAGCGGGCAGGACGAGAGUUCCUCGUCGCCCUUGUCUGUGCCGAGUGUGUCCACAGCCUCCGCCAGUCCAGGGGUGGCAUAUGCCAUCAUCUCUGCAGCCUCGCCAGCAGCCCAUGUGGUGUCAGGUGUAACCGAGGCCAUCAAGGUGCAACCGCUGAUUUUCAGCCCAGACAGCAAGGUUAUAAUCAUUCAGCCACAGAUUCCCAGCAACUGCAAGAGUUCUCCAGCCUCACAAACUGACAGUCCUGUGAAGGAGCCAAGCCCUGACCCCUCGACCCCAGCCAAAAAGCAGGAGGAUCCAGAGAAAAUUGCCUUCAUGGUUGGGCUAGGCCUGGUCACUACAGAACACUUGGAGGAGAUCCAGAGUAAACGGCAGGAGAGGAAAAGGCGAAGCACAGCUAACCCUGCGUACAGCGGACUGUUUGAACCAGAGCGUAAACGACUUGCCUCCAAUUACCUGAACAGUGGGAUGUUUUUGUCGGCGAGAGACUCUGAGGAGCUUUGCUGGAAGGAGGAGCUGCAGCAUGAUGAUCACUGUGCAGUGUGUAAACAGGAAGGAGAUCUUCAGCCGUGCCACACUUGUACCCGCGCAUACCACCCCGACUGCCUGAAUCCCCCUCUCAAAACUGCCACCCGGGGCAUCUGGAUGUGCCCCAAGUGCCAGAAGAAAGUUUUGAACAAAGAGAACUUGUCUUGGCCACAGAACUUCAUCCAGUCGUAUGUUACACAUAAAACAGUGAGAGAGGAGGAACGCAGGAAGCUAAUGAGGAGAAACACUGAGCUGAAACUCGAGUGUGAACAUCUGAGCGAAGAGGAUCAGAGACUCUGCGGUUCUCUCUCUAAAUGCAUUGAGCAGAAGGAGCGACUUUUGGGUCAGCAGCGAGACACUCAAGCAUCCCUGGAGCGUCUCAAGACUCUGAUUCGACUCAUCCAGCGCGACCAGAUGAUUCAAGUUACUAUGACGGCCACCACCACCACCGGAGCAUCGCUGCUCUCACUGCCGUGGAUCAAAGCCGCAGGCAGCAGCACCAGCACCACAGCGCCCACAGCUGGCCCCUCCGCAGUACUGCACAAAAGCGUGCUUCAGCCGCAAGGAAACAACUGACCCCGAACCCACACAAACACACAGAACAGCUCCGUACAAGAUCGCCAGACGGUGAUAUCCAACCAAUGUGCAUUUUCUUCUGGUAAUGUCUUACCAUAAAAUAAUGGGAGAAUUUGAAGGAAAAAAAUAAUAAUAAUUGAAAAAAAGAAAUAAGCGUCACUCGAUUCAUAAGUAUUUUUUAAAGCCAACACACACAGUGCUCACAAGAUUUUUUUUAUUCACUGUUUUUUAUUGUAUAAUUUUUCUUGGCCUUAAUGUAUUUAUGACUAGAUUACAAUGCUGUUGCAGAUAUAUGAAAUAAGUAUUCUACAUAGAAACAUUUCUUUUUAUGCUUUGCGUUUUUUAUUGGGGUUUGGCGUGUGCGUUUCGGGGGGAAUAAUCGUUCGCAUUUCGUUAUUGAGAUGGUUAGCAUAGUUAUAGUUGAAGACAAGCGACAUAUGAAAUGGAGAGCACUGUACGUUGAUGUAUCCGAAUAGAUGCUCCUUUGCAUUUUCCGAUGAACAAUGUUUGCCAUAUUAAUUCAGGUUAAAGCGAGACAGGGAAAUGUUUUCAUUUUGUGUGUAAUUGCGAGCGUGCAAACAUAAAAAACAAACAAACAGCAACAACAAAAAAUAAUUUUUCAGUAUUAAUAGAGAUAAAAGAACAAAGUAUUUAAGAUAACAACAGAAUUUAGCCUUUUUAGUGACGAAUUUAGUAUUUUCAUGCUGAUGCCUGUUAAUAAUUUCAAACAAGUAUUGGAGAGAGGGAUCGUUGUACAUAUAUGAUUUUUUUAUUUUAUUUUAUUUUUGGCUGUCCCUACAACAGAAACGAAAAGGCCAUUUGAUUUCUUUGAGUGCCUGAUCCCGGAAUCCAAAAGCGUUUAUUUUGUCUCCCCACCAUAUAAAAUAUGCCAAAAACCCUGAGUGUUUUUGUACCGUUAACUGUAUAAUGUUUUCAUCUCAUCUUGCUCUCUUGUCUGUUUUUACUUUUCACUGAAGUGUUGUAUGUUUUCAUUUAGUUGUCUCACUCGAAGGAUACCACAAGUUGCAUUAUUUUAAUUUUUAUUAUUGUUAUUAUUUUAAAUUAUUAGAAGUGAACACUGCCUGAUGAAUAAAAGUAAAGAAUUCAUAUCUAAAACACUCAAUGGAAAAAAAAAUUUGGAUGGUACUAUUUUGGAGGGAAAGUUUAGCAUGUUCAUUCGAAUGGUUUGUCUUCCGAAAACAGAAGCCACAUCAUUAACACGUCGCAAAAUAACCAGUCGCACACAGUUAACGACAGCACUAUCAUUCUCAACAAAGGAGAUUUCAGUAAAAAAAAAACUCAUUUAUUGUUAAAUAAUGAAUAACAUCAUCUAUGUGUACCUUCAAGGGCUAACAAACGUAUUUAAUCACCGUUUUCUUCAGUUUAAAAGGAAUAUCUACUGAAUUCAUAUGCAGCUAAAUUAUGGUGUUACAUUUGGUAGUGUCUGUACAUUGUCUUUUGUGUAACAUUUUCUAUGAAGUCUGUAUAUUUAGUGUAAUAUUGUGUGGUAACACUACAGUUCAGCUCUAUAAGUUAACAUAUGCUAUUGCAUUAAUAUUUAUAAAUUUACAAUUAAUUGUAUUUUUACAGCAUUUAUUAAUCAAUUGUUAGUUCAUAUUAGUUCCUACUAUCUGGAAUUAAACAAAUUUGUUGACUUUAAGGGUUAAUUCACCCAAAAAUGAAAAUUCUGUCAUUAAUUACUCACCCUCAUGUUGUUCCACACCCGUAAGACCUUUGUUCAUCUU